CCUAACGGCCACGCGGGCUGAGGUUCGGCCGGCCGCGCCCACGCGCAUGCUGCCGCUCUCCCAGGGCCCGAGCGCCCUGGGGGUACCGGGAGGGGGGGGGACCCGAGAUGGACUCUGAGCGCUCGGGCGGGGGGCUGAGGUUGAAUUGACCAAAGCAAUGGUUAUGGAGAAGCCUAGUCCCCUGCUGGUCGGGCGGGAAUUUGUGAGGCAAUAUUACACGCUGCUAAAUCAGGCUCCGGACAUGCUGCACAGAUUUUAUGGAAAAAAUUCUUCCUAUGUACAUGGGGGACUGGAUUCAAAUGGGAAGCCAGCAGAUGCUGUAUACGGCCAGAAAGAAAUUCAUAGGAAAGUGAUGUCACAAAACUUCACCAAUUGCCACACCAAGAUUCGCCAUGUUGAUGCUCACGCCACUCUGAAUGAUGGUGUGGUGGUCCAGGUGAUGGGGCUACUUUCUAACAACAACCAGGCUCUGAGGAGAUUCAUGCAGACUUUUGUUCUUGCUCCUGAGGGCUCUGUUGCAAAUAAGUUCUAUGUUCACAACGAUAUCUUCAGAUACCAAGAUGAGGUCUUUGGUGGUUUUGUCACUGAGCCUCAGGAGGAAUCUGAGGAAGAAGUAGAGGAACCUGAAGAAAGACAGCAAACACCUGAAGUGGUACCUGAUGAUUCUGGAACUUUUUAUGAUCAAGCUGUCAGCAACGAAUUGGAGGAACAUCUUGAAGAACCUGUUGCUGAGCCAGAGCCUGAUCCUGAGCCAGAACCAGAGCAGGAACCUGUGUCGGAAAUCCAAGAAGAGAAGUCUGAGCCAGCCCUGGAAGAGACUGCUUCUGAGGAUGUUCAGAAGAGUCCAUCUCCAGCUCCUGCAGACCUAGCUCCAAUGGCGCAGGAGGACUUGAGGCCAUUUUCAUGGGCAUCUGUGACCAGUAAGAAUCUCCCACCCAGUGGAGCUGUUCCAGUCACUGGGAUACCACCACAUGUGGUUAAAGUACCAGCGUCACAGCCUCGACCAGAGUCUAAACCUGACUCUCAGAUUCCACCUCAAAGGCCUCAGAGGGACCAAAGAGUGCGAGAGCAACGGCUAAAUAUUCCUCCUCAAAGGGGACCGAGACCAAUGCGUGAGGCUGGUGAGCAAGGUGAUGUUGAACCUCGAAGAAUUGUGAGACACCCAGACAGUCACCAGCUCUUCAUUGGCAACCUGCCUCAUGAGGUGGACAAAUCAGAACUUAAAGAUUUCUUUCAAAAUUAUGGGAAUGUAGUGGAACUGCGCAUUAACAGCGGUGGAAAACUACCCAAUUUUGGUUUUGUUGUGUUUGAUGAUUCUGAACCUGUUCAGAAGGUCCUUAGCAACAGGCCAAUUAUGUUCCGCGGGGAGGUCCGCCUGAAUGUGGAGGAAAAGAAGACCCGUGCAGCUCGGGAAGGGGACCGGCGUGAUAACCGUCUUCGGGGCCCCGGCGGCCCUCGUGGUGGAAUGGGUGCUGGGCUUCGGGGCCCUCCUCGUGGGGGCAUGGUGCAGAAGCCAGGCUUUGGGGUGGGGAGGGGCCUUGCUCCCCGGCAGUGAGGGUCUUCUGGAUCUGCAUGGACCUCAGCCAAACCUGCUCUGCAGUGGUGGAUCUCUUCAGCCGGCUUGGGUAUUGGAGUGUCACCCUAGUCUAUAAACUGCUCACAUUUGUACACUCUCACUCUUGUGUUCUGCACCCCACCCUCCACUCCCUUCCCAUUCCUGACCUAUGAAUCCUUCACUUCCAAUUUUGUGGAAUGAUAUUUUAGGAAAAACGGAUUUUUAAAGAAGAAAAAAAAAAAGACUGAAUUUUCUUGCUUAGUUUGCAUAUACAGACUGGAUUUUUUUUUUUUACUAGCCCUUUCCCCAAAGGAAUGUCUUGCUUAUUAUUGACAUUUGGUAUGUUUCAUUCAUUGGAAUAUUUCUUAUUUUCUGUGUGUUUAAAAAGCCUUUGAAAAAUGCAGGAUUUGAUAAACAUUUUGAAGGCAGUCAUAACCCCAGUUUUUUUUUUUUUUUUUUUUUUUUUGAGUCAGGACUACCUUGUGUGGAUAAUUCACUGUUUCAAAAAAUCAACAAUUCUGAUUCUUGCUGGUGUGGUUAAAAACAAUAAAAGGUGUAGUGAAGUUUUUUUUCUUCUGAUAUACGAUCACAAAAUAACUCUAAAACCUGUUUUUACCAUAGAAAUUUAAUUGUAAAAUAGGGUUUAAAUGUCUAAAAUACAAUUAAUAGGCUUUUCUUGAACUGUUAGAUUUUUUUUAAGUAGGUUUUUUUCAUGUUUACUUUUUGUACAAAAACAAAACAAAAAAAAUCCCAAAAUUCAAAAAACUUAAAGCCAGAGAAAAACUGUGCCUUCUAUUUAUCUUUGAUUCUAGUCUUGGCAAAUGUUUAAAGAAGAAAAAUAAAAAGAAAUAUAGGUUUGAUUUAAUCAGGUUCAGAGUAUAUUGGGAACUGUAGAAUCCCUCUUUACUCUUGUAUGUCUUCUGUUAGCAUUUGUUAUGCCUUAUUCUGAAAUUUCGUCUCAAACUGGAAAGCCUUUGAGGACAAAUACUUCUAUUGUGGUCCUUUCAUCUAGUUGAUCAGAAUCCUAAUCAUAGCCCGUAAGAAGAAAUGUGACUUUAAUGUUGGACUAUUCUGAUAUGCUUGAGUGUCUUGCUAGUUUUUUAUCUUUCUUUCCUUCCCUUUAAAUCAUUGCCUUAUGGUAAAAUUUCUAUUUUGUUAUUGAUGGGCAUGCAGUGGGUGUUUCUUGGAAGUGGCCAAUUUCUAUUAAAAUAUUUCUGGAAGUAAACUCAAUUUGGCAAUAUAUAGACUAAUACUUGUCUUACAUAGUGUGUUACUUGUUGAGUGUGGUGUGUGAGGUGACUGAGGUUUGUUGACACAUUUUUUGAAGUAAGCCUUUGCUAACUUGUUAUUUCUGAAAGGCAGAGAUUGUCAAACUUAUUUUCAUAACAGUGUUCAUUUUUAGGGCUGAUGUUUGAAGAUAGCAUAUGAGUAGGCAUAGGGACAUUGAUUUUGUCUUGAUGUUACUGGGAAAUCAGGUUUGCUGAAGGGUGUAGUCUUUAAAACAAAAUCUGGUAAUACUUGGCUCUCAGUACUGCAAAUAUUUGAAAAUUAGCAACAUCUUCACAUGAAGCUUAUAACUGAAUCAUGGCUGCUAUCAUGGAUCAGUUGGAAUAACUAUUGGUAACUAUUUUAUUUGACCAGGCCAGUAACAAUUGGAGGAAAUUUAGCUUGUGAUUUUGUAGCUUAUAUUAAGCUUGUGGUGGAAAAAAUAAAAUGUUAGUCUGAGUUAUUUUUUGAAUGAAAAAAAAUUCAAUUGUGAUAAUUGUAACAUCAUGAAUUAUGGGUAACCUAGAAAUGAUUUUUCACUAGUGAAUAUUAAACCAUACAUUGCAGAAUAGGAGUUCUUAUUCAGAGGUUAAAAGGCACUAACUAUAUGCAGUACUUCUCAGUUUAGGGCUAUUAUAAUCUAGAAGGCAUUCAGGAAUGUAUAAGAUGGGGGGAGGAGGCAGAGGGGAGAUUGCACUUGGCAUCUGAUGGUUGCGGGAACCAGUAAUGCCAAUGUUGCAGUGUUGUGUACAGGUGAAGUAACCCCAUUGAGAACACUGUCCCCUUGUGGAAUGGUGCGUGAGCUGCAGAAAUGAAUGAAUUCAACUAAUUAAGGAAAUAGAAUUACUGUUUCAGGAAUUAUAGUAAUAUCUACUGCAAGUGAUUGACUAACUCUGUUAUUUGUACCUAUUGUAUUUGAAUUUAAAAGAUAAUUUGGAGAGAGCGGCAGCAGCAAUACUGCUUAAAACCUGUGGCACUGUAAUCAUCCCAGCAGUCAUAAUGUUGCUCUAAUAGUUUCAAAUCAUCUGAAUUGGGAUGAUAACAGUGCUUGAAAAGCAUUGGACUUUAUGAAAAGCAUUGGACUUUAUAAAUAGGAUUUAGCAUAUGGUUAAUGAUCUAAGAAUCCUAAUUGUUUACAUUAUUGCUAGUGAAAUGAACAUGAGACUAGAGAUGCACUUUCACUAGAAAGUGAAAAUAGGUCAGGAUGAGAUUUUCUAUAGGUAGUAUUCAUCUUACUACAUUCAACUUGAUUACAUUUAAAAGUUUUUUUUCAUUGAUAAAAAUGGCCCAGUACACAAUUCUUUCUCCUGGCCUUAAAACCCUUGACCCAUUAGUCUCUGUGACCCAUGGGAUCAGAAUAUUUUGAUUUAGUGGGUAUUAAGCUCUUUUAAGAAGACCUAUUGAAAUUUAAUAAGUUUUGGGCUUUACUUGUGCUCAUGUCUCUAAACUUUCUUGAAUUAUAGGAAUGGUAAAAGAGAUCCUCCAAAGAUAAUUAUCUGACUUUGGAUGAGUAGGUUACUGCCACAGGUUAAUUGAAUUACACUUUAGUUUUAGUUUAGAAAACUAAAUUUUCACGAAUGGCCUGUACUCUUUUCCCCCAAAGAUGAGGAAGAAGGUGGCAUCAGAAUAAUUAAUUACUUAUUAGCUCUUUUUUUAAAGCUUGUUCAUUUUUUUUUUAAAUUCUUUUUGAGGGAUUAAUGUUUUACAGUGCUAUCUCUUUUUUAAGUCAUCCAUGGAGCCCUCAAACUGAUGCCUUUUCUUUAGAACUGGAAUGCUUAUGUGUUUACCUUUGAAUGACAUAGGAAAGGAGUUAGACAUAGCCACAAUUACUACAGUAUAGUAAUCAGAGUUUGCAAAAGAAUUUCUUUUAAGGUCUGUGAGACAAACUUUGAUUUGUAUAGGUCUUCCUUUGAUUUGCAUACCAUAUGGUCACACCGUAAUAAUGAUUUGCUUACUUUACCAUCUGAUUGGAUUCUAUAAUUAGGAUAGCCUUAAGAUCUGGAUGUAUGUAUAGAUAACAAUUUAUCUAUUUUAGUAUGAUCCCAGAGAGUUUAUAGCAGUUGUGUUUUGUGUUCAGAACUGCUAUCUGCUCUGAUGUUUAAACUUCCAUGAUUUAUAGACCAUUGUAGAUUUUAAUGAUAGAAUGAAAAACAUGGCACUUUAUAGGAGACAAUUUAUUAGAAUCUAUGUGAAAAUAAAUUUGUAGACCAUUGUUUAUGCUGAGCAGCUUAUUUCUUUUAAGUAAAUAUUUACAUUUGUCAAAUCUACUGAUCUUUCAUACUGGUUUUAUUUUUGUGCUACUUAAAGAUUGCCUGUAGGAAUCCCAUACUAAUGAGGUAAUUGUUGACACUAGGUCAACAAUUUUGAAUCUCUUAAUAAAAAGAAGUAACACCAACAUUUGUUUGAAUUUGACUUCUAGCUCAUUAGGCUAUACCAAAAUGGGCAUCUCCCACAGUUUUCAAAACCUUUACUAGUGUGUCAGAAACUUUUCAGUGUCUUAUGUGGGAUGUGAUUUGGGUUAAUGUUGCUGCUCAAGUAAUGACCAUGUGGCACUGGAUAGUUCAUUAAGGGCUAUGGUUUUAUAGUAGCAGUACCUUUAGGUUUAUGUUUGUUAUUGUGAUACUGGUUCAGGGAUCAUCAGUAGGUUUGUGGACUAUUUCUAGACCAUAGUGAAGAAAUGCUUACAUGUACAAUAAGAAUGCAUGUACUACAUUCUUGUAGCAGAGUUUGUGAUAUUACAUUGCUUUGCUCUUGCUCUCGUGAAAAGUGUCAUAAAGGCCUGAAUUGAUCUGACAUGCCCUAAGACCCACAGUCAGUUUUAAUUUUAUGAUUAUAGUUCUGUAUUGACUGUAUUAUCACUUGAUAAUUUUGACUUGUUUUGGAAAGUCAUAGUUAUCCACUCUUCCUGUAUUACCAUAACCUUGUAGCUACUUUUAUACCCCUGUGAGAUGAAAUCAGUAAUGGAAAGCAGUUCACUGUUCAUAAAUCACAUGAUGUAGUUAAUAGAAAUCCCUACAUGUUAGUGUUUUUAAAAUGUCACCAAUAUCAUUCUCUUAAGGGAGAUAAAUCCAUGCAAUGUGUUUUACUGUUUUUAGAAUUAAAAGACUGUACCAAA